CAACUAUACAACUAUUGUUGUAGGUUAGAAUUUCAACCAAAGUAAAAAAAAGUUGGAAAUUUGAAAUUUUAAAUUUUCCCGAAAAGAUAAGGAACUAACUUAAGCCAAAUAAUGGCAUCAGUGGCAAGAAUUGCGAGAUUUGCUUGCCGAAGAAACGUUUUAAAAUACGCAGAAAACAGUGUAAAUAGAAGAUCAGGGAGACUGUCUUUGCACAAGCACAUAGGUGCCAUCAAUAGUUUAAGAUUUCAACACACAGAGGCAGAGAGCAAGGAUGAUGAUUACCACUCUAUUAUAAAAAACACAGAAAAACCUAUAGGCGAAAGCACAAAACAUGAAUUCCAAGCCGAAACUCGCAUGUUACUGGAUAUUGUGGCCAGAUCACUCUACUCAGAAAAAGAAGUUUUCAUUAGAGAGUUAAUUUCUAAUGCCAGUGAUGCUUUGGAAAAAUUCAAAUUUGUUUCCAUGUCAGAAACAGAGGGAGCUAAAAUCAAGGACAGAGAUCGGUCCUUAGAAAUUCACAUUUUGACUGAUAAGAACGCUAGAACCUUCACUAUACAGGACACAGGAAUUGGUAUGACAAGAGAAGAACUUACCCAAAAUCUUGGCGUUAUUGCCAAAUCGGGAUCCAAGGCAUUUAUAGAACAAAUAAAACAAAACCAAGCUGCCGGCGAUAACAACAUAAUUGGUCAAUUCGGUGUAGGAUUUUAUAGUGCGUUUAUGGUGGCAGAUAAAGUGGAGGUUUUUACAAGAACUGCUGGAGAAGAACAAGGCUGGAAAUGGACUUCCGACGGAACUGGCAACUAUGAAAUUCAACCUGCUGAAGGUGUAGCAUUUGGAACGAAAAUCAUUUUGCAUCUGAAAGGCGAUUGCAGAGAAUUCUCUGAUGAUGAUACAAUCAAAAAUAUUAUAACAAAAUAUAGUAAUUUUGUUGGAAGUCCUAUAUACCUUAAUGGCAAAAAAGCUAACAUAGUACAACCAUUAUGGACUCAAGAUCCCAAAACCGUAAGCAACCAUCAACAUAUUGAUUUCUACAAAUUUAUUAGUGGCAGCUAUGACGUACCAAGGUACACUUUACAUUAUAAAACUGAUGCGCCAUUGUCUAUUGCAGCAUUGUUAUAUUUUCCCGAGGGAAAACCAGGUUUAUUUGAAAUGUCGAGAGAAAUUGAAUCUGGAGUAGCACUUUACACUAAGAAAGUCCUAAUUAAGAAUCGUACUGAUAAUAUAUUGCCCAAAUGGUUGCGAUUCGUAAAAGGUGUUGUGGAUUCGGAAGAUAUUCCUUUGAAUUUGAGCAGAGAGUUAUUGCAAAAUAGCAACCUGAUAAAAAAGCUAAGAGAUGUUUUGACAGCAAGGGUAACAAAGUUUUUAUUGGAUCAAUUGAAAAAGAAUCAAGCAGAGUAUGAGAAGUUUUAUUUAGAUUAUGGACUUUUCAUCAAGGAAGGCAUUAUUACGAAUCAUAUUCAGACAGAAAAGGAAGAUGCUGCUAAACUCUUACUUUUUGAAUCCUCGCAUUUAGAUCCUGGCAAAAAGAUCACCUUAACAGAAUAUAUGACUAAAGCAAAAGAAGAAAGGACCAUUUAUUAUUUGGCAGCACCAAGUCGGGUGCUGGCAGAAUCUUCACCAUACUAUGAAUCACUCAAAAAGAAAAAGCAAGAAGUCCUGUUUUGUUAUGAACCAUACGAUGAGCUGGUUUUAAUGCAACUGCAACAGUUCCAAGGAUAUAAACUCAUUUCAGUAGAAAAGGACAUGAGGGAUGAUAAGACUGCUAGUGAUCUUACCAAUUUAGGAGAUGACAGUUUGAAACGCAGCGAAAUCAAUGAGCUUUCAGAUUGGUUAAAAGACAAGCUCACAGGUAAAGUAACAGCCGUAAAUGCUACAACCAGGCUUGAAAGUCAUCCAUGUGUGGUGACAGUGGAAGAAAUGGCUGCUGCCAGACAUUUUAUUAGGACUCAAAGUCAUGGGUUGCCCGAGGAUAGAAGAUAUGCUAUUUUGCAGCCACAAUUUGAAAUUAAUCCUAGACAUGCGAUUAUCAAAAAAUUAUACAAACUUAAGAAUAGUGAUCCGGAGUUAGGAGAACUUCUUGCAAAACAGCUCUUUGCCAAUUCUAUGGUAGGUGCAGGCUUAGUAGAAGAUCCAAGGGUUUUGUUAACCUCGAUGAACGAUUUGCUGGCCAAAGCUUUAGAAAAACAUUGAUUUUAGUUCUAAUUAAUACCUAAUAAUUUUGUAUAUAAAAUAAUUGUUGUUAUAUUAUUCAUUACUUAUUUGUAAUAAUUUGAUAAAAGUAAUAAAAUCUGUGAUUUGAA